AUGACCAACUCAAGGCAGUUAAAAAUUACAAAACUAUUUCGCAAAGGUGCUACGAGAGUACCAGAGGAUUGUGAUGAACUACAAGAAGAGAUACUUCGACUAGAGCAAAGUUUAAGGGAGAAACAGAAUGAGUUAUUUCAGUUGCAGAGAAAUGGGUACAGACAUAAAUCUUCAGCCAUAGAUAAGAAAGCAGAUACUUUUAUCCGACCUCAGAAAAUUGUAUUAUCAAAUGCUGUAGACAGUCUAAGAACUGAUUUGAAAUUGAUGUCAGUCUUGUCUGGCAUAGAAGUGCAAUCAUAUGUACUUGAUGACCACUGUUGCAUCACCUAUUUGAUGCAGCAUGAUUCAGAGCAUCAAAUUAAGCAUGGUCUAAGGAUAAAUCUUAAGGGUGGUGCCAAUGAAGUAACCCAAUCAUCUCUUCCGUUGGGUUUUAACCUGAAUGCUGUGAUGGAGGACUUUGAUAACAUUAUGGUGCCAGAGUGUCUUGGUGCGAUCAGGAAGGCACUAGUGGCGUAUUACGAUCGGUUGGAGCAGUUUGAAGCUCUUAAAAAAAUGUUAAACAUCGAAGCGCAGCUGUUCAAGAUUCUAGACGGCUCGCACAUGCAAAUAACGUUCGUGGCCAAGAACGAAACGGACGAGGACGUCGAACCGUUCGACGUGGUGCUCAUGUUGGAUUACAGGGUUUACGAUAUACGACCAAAGCAGUUCUCUUUUAAAGAAAUAGAUCUUCCUGAGGGAGCAGCGGACUUGCUUCGAGAACAGUGCAUAUUAUUCAAACGAAAGACGUUACAUAAAGCUUUUAAAGAAGCCUUUAUAACCGGUGUCGGGCACUUCAAACUGGUGGAACAGGUGGGCUCCCGGCCCGCGGAGCCGCGACGUCGGGCGCGUCGUCCCCGUCCGCAGCACUACAACAACGACGACACGUUCCAGCCCGAGGACUGCUCCGAACAUAGCGACGAGGUCGACGUCGAUUGA